AACUACGCGCAGUUCAGCGAGAUUAUUCGGUGCGCCAUACCAGGGAGCCACCCACUUUUAACCUUAACGGACUACGGCUGUUACUGCGGGCCUGGUGGACAGGGGACACCGGUGGAUGAUCUGGACAGGUGCUGUCAGACACACGACGAAUGUUAUGGCACGGUUGAUGAAAUGGGCUGCACAUCUAGCAAAGGUCCCGCACUUGUGCUCUACAAGUACACCUGUUCAGAAAAGACCGUGACUUGCGACAGUAAAAAUUAUAAAUGUGCGAUGACUAUCUGUGAAUGUGAUCGCAAAGCGGCCGUUUGCUUCGCCAAAGCAUAUCCCACGUACAAAAACGAAUACUGGAAUAUGGAUCAAUCCCUUUGUAAAUAG